GUCUCUCCUUCCGUAGGUACAGCAGCAGCAGCAGCAGCAACCCGCGGAAUGUGAUGGAAACUGUCAGCCCGAUGGAGAUUACCGACGUCCCGUCGUGGUAUUGAUGGCGCCCCGUCAGGCUUCCAUCCAGGUUCCCAGAACCAUGGGUCAAAGAGCUACUCUUCCCGCGUUUGUGAAAUGAUACUUGUUGACAUUUCGUUCCCUUGGGAAGGACAUCCGAUGGAAUCCGCUAGGUAUGCCUGCUGCUACUGCUGCUGCUGCUGCUGCUACAAUUCGAUCCCACUCAACUCGAUUCGACAUCCUAGGCCCACAGCUAGGCAUUAGCAAAGUUCAGCCAGGCCGAGAAGCUCCCGUCAGGCGUCCAGUCAAGCACCUAGAAUCUAGGGCUAGCAUGACUUUCUCUGGUGAGUGGUGGAGAGGACGUUGGAACGGGUCCGACAGCCAGUAUAAGCGAAUGAAGAUCCGGUGGUGCCUGAACUGACGUCUCGUAUUGUCGGAACUGGGGCUGAAUGGAGUCCUUGAUCUUUCUCUCACUCAGUAUCUACUUAUGCGUAGACAGACAUGACUGUCGAGUUGGUGGAUGGACUAUCCAUCCAGCCACUACUAAGUUAUUGCAUGAUAUGUACAUUCUGUACGAUGCAAAUUACCUAACAUUCCCGGAAGUUGGAAGUGUGUACAGUACCUACAAAUCUCAUACAUAGAUGCUGAAAAUGCGCACACAUGGUGGAUACAUGCAUGCGAGUCCCUCACUGUGCCUUCAAGCAAACGAUCAAUGGAAGGUA